UGCUCUGAUAGGCUGAGGGGAGUGCCUGUCAGAGCCGUUACUAAGGCGGGGCUCGCGGUUGCUAAGGGAUGGGCGUGCCUCUGGAUUGGUCACCGUCGUAACUAAGGGCGGGACCAUGGCUGGUUCCUGCUUGGGCUCCGUUGAUAGGUUAUAGGGCCUGUCAGUCAGCGCGGAAGGCUGGGGAGGAUGCGAGCGAAGGCGGAGCGGCCUUCCGAUAGGUCGGCUCAGGCGUCACUCGGUGAUGACGUCACGGGAGAGCCCCGCUCUCGUUGGCUGCCGCCUGCCCCUCGGCGGCCGUUGUCAGCGGGCGGCGGAAGCGGAAGUCGGCGGCGCCGCCGCGGCGGGAGGGAUGAAACCGGCUCCGGGGCGACGGCGGUUCCUGGGGACGUUGGUGCUGCUGCUCCUGCCGACGCCGCUGGGGGGCGCAGAGGGCAGGGAGCUGGUCCUCCCGCUCUACGAGGGCCACGUGUACCACCUGGAGACCCCUCACCACUUCUGUUACACCAACACGCGCCUCCCGCAAUGGCACGACAUAUGGACCAGGAUGCAGAUCCGGGUCAACAGCAGCCGGAUGAUCCGAGUCACGCAGGUGGACAGCGAGGAGGAGCUGGAGAAGUUCAACGUGUGGAACGUCCUCCUCUCCUUUCUGAAGGAGAAGCUGAACGACACCAGCAUCGACGUCGAUCUCUACAGCAACAAAACCUGCCUGAAGGUGGACGUGCUGGAGGCCGGCACCACGUACUGCGUCGUCCUCUUCCGACGCUUUGACCCAAAGUUGUUCCUGGUUUUCUUCCUGGGCCUGUUGUUGUUCUUCUGUGGAGACAUGCUGAGCAGGAGCCAACUCUUCUACUAUUCAGCUGGGAUUAGUUUUGGUUUGCUGGCCUCGCUCCUCAUCCUCGUCUACAUGAUGUCCAAGGUCAUGCCCAAGAAAAGCCCUGUUUACUUCCUGCUGGUAGGAGGCUGGUCCUUUUCCCUCUACCUGCUUCAACUGAUCUUCAAGAACCUACGGGAGAUCUGCAAGUUCUACUGGCAGUACCUUCUAGGGUACCUGCUGCUCGUCGGCUUCGUCAGCUUCGCCGUGUGUUACCGCUACGGCCCGCUGGAGAACGAGCGCAGCAUCAGCCUCCUCUCCUGGAGCCUGCAGCUCCUGGGCCUCUUGCUGAUGUACUCUGGCAUCCAGAUCCAUCCCAUCGCCUUGGCUUUGGUGGUCGUUGCCAUCUGCACCAAGAACUUGGACUACCCUGUGCAGUGGGCCUUCGCUGCCUACAGGAGGAUGAGGAGCACCAAACGUGGGCCCAGCCCCCCUCGCCUGCUGACAGAGGAGGAAUAUCGGGUCCAGGGCGAGGUGGAGACACGCAAGGCCCUCGAGGAGCUUCGAAACUACUGCAGAAGCCCCGAUUUCUCCGCCUGGACUGCGGUGUCCCGCAUCCAGUCUCCCAAGAGGUUUGCUGACUUUGUGGGUGGCGCCUGUCACCUCACCCCCAACGAGGUCUCUGUCCACGAGCGGGAGUACGGCCUGGGCGGCCUCUUCCUUGAGGACCAGCUCUUCGAGGACGAGGAGGAGGAGGAAGAGGAAGAUGAUGGCUCCUUUGAGAGGAAUCACACUAGUUACUCCCUGCCCCACAACCACCUGGAUGCUGAUUGAGGGGCAGAAUGGCCGCUGCGUCUCCCCUGACACCAGCAGAGCACGAAGCCCCGUUUGCCAGGGGGUUGGGGGGAAGCAUCUGCUGCCAGCACCCCCCUUCCCACCCCGAGCUGGGCUGUCGGGAGCUCUGCACAGAGCCUGGGGGAAGACAAGGGGGGGCUGUGACACCCCCAUUUUCCCCAGGCAGCUCCUGCCAGGCCGAGGUGUGAAAGCUUUUGUCAGUGCAGCCCUGGGUGGUGACGGGGGACGCAGGGACCGCAGGGCAGCCCUGCUGCUGCUGAGAUGCAGGACACUGCUCCCUUCUGAAUGUGAACUGGGGUUUUACCGUGGAUGUUUGUGAGCUCCCAAUGCCUGAAUUUUUGGGGCAGGGGCCUCUUUCCAGGGUCUGGGAGCUGCUCUGGCUCCUGUGAUCCCCCUCCCUCAGCGCUGCUGCUGUGGCCACCAAACAGGAGUCCCUUUCCUCAGCUGCUGGGGUGGGGAGGGAGCGAAAGGUCUCUCCUGGGUGCAGGUGCCCGUGGGGGUGAUGUGCACCAGAGGAACUUUGGACCUGCCCCAGCGGUACCUGCGUGCUCAGCAUCUGCUGCUGGGGAGGGAGCGGGUGACCUGCUCCUCCUCCUCCUCCUCCUGCUGUUACCAAAGAUGCCAGAGAGCUCCAGCUGCUUGGGCGGUGCCUCUGCCUCGGCAUAAAUCCCCUGGGGGUACCAAACCCACCCCCCAAGAGAGACAUGGCUUGGCCAGACCCUGUGUAGGAAUGUCACAGAGCUCAGGAGAAAGCAGCCUGGACGUCUGCCCGCUGCCCUGCACCCUCAGCCUCCUCCCUGUGCUCCCUGGGCUGAGGAUGAGUGGGGAUGUGCUUCCUCCUCGCUGGAGGUUGGUGCUGGCAGCUCCCUGUCCCCUCAAGCUGGUGCCCUCCACCCUCAACGUGCUGUUGUGUGGGGUCUAUCCCCAUGGGCAGGGGAUGGUGAUGGCCGUGGCCCUGCUCCCCGGAUCAGCACAAAGCUGGAGGGGAUGCCCCAAAUCUAUGCAACUUGCUGAGCAAUAACCCUGCCCCACAGCCCCUCUCCUGCCCCACAGCCCCUCUGCUGCCCCAUGGCUGCUCUCCCAGCCCCUACCUCGCCGCUGCCAAAGCUUUUGCUGUUGGUUUGUUUCUCUCCCAGCUUUGGUUCCCUGCCCUCCCUACACAUCCCUCUCUGCUCUUCCUGGGAGCAGCCUCUGUUACAGCCUCCCCUCCCCUCCCUGUGGUUUAAGGACAGGUUAUAUUUUUA